AUGGCAACAACCAAUCUAAGUGUCAAGACUCUACCAGGUUUUGACAGCCUCUUGUCUCUCCUGAGAAACAACUGUUUGGUGUUGAGUAACUCCUCUGGGUUGGCUGGAGCUACAGAAAAGACCGGAGAGGCGCUUUUGACAGUCCUGGCCAAUGUCACUGCUGUUCUUCAACUCCAGUCCAAUGGUCAAGGUGGUAACAGCGUGGAUUGGUUUUGUGUUAUGAUGUUUGCAGGAUUUGGGUUUGCCAUUUUGCUCAGCUAUAAGAGUCUGCAGACUUCUGUUGGUCUGCAGACCAACAGCUCUGAGCAGCUCUCCUCCAGAGUGGUGACUGUAUCUGUUAGCAACCCCAACACAACAAACCUGUCUGAACCUAUCAUUCUCACCUUCAAUCACUUGAAGUCCAGUGAUGCGAAUACCACCUGUGUUUAUUGGUCAGAGGAUGGUGAGGGGGCGUGGUCAAUCCAGGGCUGCACCUCAGUGAAGUCCAACUCCACCCACACUGUGUGCUCCUGCACCCAUCUCAGCAGCUUUGCCCUGCUCAGGGGAAUCCAAGAGAAUAAGGUGAUACACAACAACACUGUAGAACUGCUAAGAGGGAAAAGGGUCUAA